AUGCAGCCAAGAAAUGUAAAUCCACAGAGAGAAAACAAAUUAAAAAUUACAGAAACAAAUCUCACUACAGUGAUGGAAUUUGUUCUCUUGGGUUUUUCUGAUAUUCCCAAAUUUUGCAGGUUUCUUUUUGGGGUAUUCUUAGUCAUGUACGUGAUCAUCCUAUUGGGAAAUGGCAUCAUAAUUCUAGUGACAAGAAUAGAGCCUACUCUUCAAACCCCCAUGUAUUUUUUUAUCAGCAAUUUUUCUUUCCUAGAAAUUUGUUAUGUUUCUGUCACUCUUCCUAGAAUGCUCAUGGAUCUUUGGACCCAAGAAGGAGAUAUUUCUUUAGUUGCCUGUGCUACACAAAUGUGCUUUGCUCUUAUGCUGGGAGUCACAGAGUCCCUGCUCUUGGCGGUGAUGGCCUAUGAUCGCUACGUGGCCAUUUGUAACCCUCUACACUAUUCUCUAGUGAUGAACCACAAAGCCUGUAUCCAGCUGGUGGUUGGUUCAUGGAUCAGUGGAAUUCCAGUGCAGAUAGGCCAAACGUGUCAGAUUUUCUCUCUGCCCUUUUGUGACUCUAACCAAAUCAAUCACUUCUUCUGUGACAUUCCCCCAAUGCUCAAGCUGGCCUGUGGAGACAUCUUUAUGAAUGAGAUGGUGGUGUACAUAUUUGCUGUAUUGCUUAUCACUGUUCCCUUUAUGUUCAUACUGGGGUCCUAUACUAGAAUUAUCUCAACCAUCCUGAAAUUGCCAUCAAACACAGGAUGGAGCAAAGCUUUUUCCACUUGUUCUUCUCACCUCAUAGUUGUAGUUUUAUUUUAUGGAUCAGCCACUAUCACCUAUUUAAAAGCCAAAUCCAUUCAGUAUGAGGGAACAGACAAACUGCUCUCUCUUUUUUACACCAUUUUGAUCCCAAUGUUUAAUCCCAUGAUAUACAGUCUGCGGAACAAAGAUGUCACACAGGCUCUGAAAAAGUUACUUCCCAAAUCGUUAGCAUGGUGA